UUUCUUCACCUGUAAGCAAAUACUGGAAUUCGGAAAAGCUUACAACAGGUACGUGACUUGGAUCCACAAAGAAAUUACUGGAUAUUGUUAUUUGAAAAAUGGCGGCCAACGUAAAUUUAACAGAAGAUAGUAACAAGGAAGCUCUUCCGUUUAAGGUUUUCAAAAUCACAGUGUACUCUGUAAUUCUUCUUUUGUGUCUUCUUGGGAAUACUCUGGUGAUGAUCGUCAUCUGCAAGACCAAGCGAAUGAGGAUUCCAUCAAAUCUGCUCAUUCUCAACCUUGCAGUUUGCGAUUUAAUAACCCCUCUCGCAAGCAUUCCAUUUGAUCUGGCACUGGAAGAAAAAGGCUACAUCUGGCCCUUUGGAAGAGUCCUUUGCAAAACUCUUUGGCCACUUGCGACGUUAUCGACCAUUUCUGCAUCUCUGACACUGGCCAUCAUCUCGCUGGAUCGUUAUCGAGUUAUCAUGCAUCCUUUUAAACAAAGACUCAGCUCGAGGCAAGUAAAAUAUUCCAUAGCGAUGAUGCAUUUAGUGGCUCUGCUGUUUGUACUGCCGUACAUCUAUUACCUGGAUUUGGUUGGGGAAGAGUCCACUAAGUUUUGCGAGGAAACGUGGCCGCUGUUUUCCUACAGGCAGGUGUACACGUUGGUGCUUUUUAUUGGUCAGUAUGGAAUUCCCUUGGCGUUCAUGAGCGUGAUGUACACUAUGACUUUAUGCAACUUGCGCGCUAGUGCAAGUAUCUUUGAGAAGGUUCAACAACGUCCCAGUCGAGUGGCCGUAGAUGGAAACUUAAACAACCGCAAAAUGGAGAUCUCUCCCGAUUUCCAGCGUAAAGCCAGCCGAGUGACACUAGGUCAGAGACACAACAUCUUGGUCGGCAAAGCUGGUCAGAACAUUCGAGCAACCAAAAUGUUCGUGACGGUUGUGAUAGUCUUCGCCACUUGCAGGUUGCCCAACGAGAUUUUCUGGCUUUGGUCAGAUUUCGGGAACGGACAGGACCAAGAUCACUCACCAAUAGUCGGAAUCAUCUGUAGAAUGUUCACCUACACCAACAGUAUCUUCAACCCCGUUAUCUACUGGAUGUUCAGUAGGGAUUUCAAAAGAGGGUUCAAACGAAUAUUUACUAGCGUAUGGAAACGUAAACAGGAUGGGUUAUUUGACGACUCUCUGGAUAAAAGUGAAAGUCACUUAAGAAAGAUCAGUUCUAUUAACGAAUCUUUUUCUUUUGUUUGGCGAAAAUUGAGCCGAUCAAAAAGUGACAAAGACAGUCCUAUGGAACUCAAGGAGAAUCAGAGGCUUUUCAAGCCCACAAUUUCGAACAGUCCAGAGAGUUCCCCUAAAAAAACGUCAAGGAAGAUUUCUUUUCAUAGCGAGGAAUUUGCCCACGGCCCGGACAAGACCUUAUUAGGAAUGACAAAGAGGAAAAUACCCGGGUCAGUUCAACUUGACGAUUCGUUUAGAUUUAUUAUGUCGCCUUCGCAACCUAGACUGUCAAAGAGUGGCGAGGAAUCUUCAUUUGAUUCAGCUCAAGAACAUGGAAUCGUCAGAAUCAGACGAUUAGGUACAGUAGAGCUACCGAGCGCACGACCCUUAAGCGAGCAUACCAUUCUAGAGACUACACAAAUUGCGACUGACGGUUUGACAUUUUUCCCAAACGAAAUGAUUGACGAGACGAUCGAAUCAAUCGAUUUAGCGGAGAAAGAAAACUCGCAGCCCAUAUCUGAUAAAGUAUCAUCCUUAGAAAUUAAAUGCUCGUUUGACAACAUGAAAAAUGACAGCGGCGGCGAUUGCAGAAAGGAAACGUUUUUAAAUCAUCGAGAUUUGCCAUCGAUUUACUUCAAAUUUUCAUCGUCGCUUUUAAACUUAGCUGCAUUGAAAGAAACCCGAUGUUAAUUUGGUUGCCAUCUGUCUCAGCGUAAAUGAAUUUAACCAAUUUACCGCUGAUUGUUGCGUGCAGAAGAGUUCGAAAUCAGCAAAUGCGGCACCAUUUUAAUUUGCCACAGCCCUUUAAAUGUUUUAAUCUUUAAUAGGGAGCUUAUUUUUGUUUGAGUUAUUCUCAGCGGCGCGUCGCCAAUCCUGCUCGUUCAGAAUAAUUUAUCACGAGAC